AUGUCCAGAUCCGGGGACCGGACCUCCACCUUCGACCCCAGCCACAGCGACAACCUGCUGCACGGCCUCAAUCUGCUGUGGAGGAAGCAGCUGUUUUGCGACGUGACCCUGACGGCCCAGGGCCAGCAGUUCCACUGCCACAAGGCCGUGCUGGCCUCCUGCUCGCAGUACUUCCGAUCGCUUUUCUCCAGUCACCCCCCUCUCGGGGGAGGGGUCGGCGGCCAGGACGGUCUGGGGCCCCCCAAGGACCAGCAGCCGCCGCAGCAACAGCCGCCGCCGCCGCAGGAGGAGCCGGGGACUCCUUCCUCCUCCCCCGACGACAAGCUGCUGACCAGUCCUCGGGCCAUCAACAACCUGGUGCUGCAGGGCUGUUCGUCCAUCGGGCUGCGCCUGGUGCUCGAGUACCUCUACACGGCCAACGUGACCCUCUCCCUGGACACGGUGGAGGAGGUGCUGUCGGUCAGCAAGAUCCUGCACAUCCCCCAGGUCACCAAGCUCUGCGUGCAGUUCCUCAACGACCAGAUCUCGGUGCAGAACUACAAGCAAGUGUGCAAGAUCGCCGCACUGCACGGCCUGGAGGAGACCAAGAAGCUGGCCAACAAGUACCUGGUGGAGGAUGUGCUGCUGCUCAACUUCGAGGAGAUGCGCGCCCUGCUGGACUCGCUGCCGCCCCCCGUGGAGUCGGAGCUGGCGCUCUUCCAGAUGUCCGUGCUGUGGCUGGAGCACGACCGCGAGACCCGCAUGCAGUACGCGCCCGACCUCAUGAAGCGCCUUCGCUUCGCGCUCAUCCCGGCCCCCGAGCUGGUGGAGCGGGUCCAGUCAGUGGAUUUCAUGCGCACCGACCCUGUCUGCCAGAAGCUGCUGCUGGACGCCAUGAACUACCACCUGAUGCCCUUCAGGCAGCACUGCAGGCAGAGCCUGGCCAGCAGAAUUCGCUCUAACAAGAAAAUGCUGUUGUUGGUUGGUGGAUUGCCUCCUGGGCCGGACCGGCUCCCCAGCAAUUUGGUUCAGUACUAUGAUGAUGAAAAGAAGACAUGGAAAAUCCUCACAAUUAUGCCAUACAACAGUGCCCAUCACUGCGUUGUGGAGGUGGAAAACUUCCUGUUUGUGUUGGGCGGAGAGGACCAAUGGAACCCUAAUGGAAAACACAGUACAAAUUUUGUCAGCAGAUAUGAUCCCCGAUUUAAUAGCUGGAUACAACUUCCGCCCAUGCAAGAAAGAAGAGCCAGUUUCUAUGCAUGUCGGUUGGACAAACAUUUAUACGUUAUUGGUGGACGGAAUGAAACUGGCUACUUGUCCAGCGUGGAGUGCUAUAACCUAGAAACAAAUGAAUGGCGUUAUGUGUCCCCUUUGCCACAGCCUCUGGCAGCUCAUGCGGGAGCAGUGCACAAUGGGAAAAUAUACAUUUCAGGGGGGGUACACAAUGGAGAAUAUGUCCCAUGGCUAUAUUGCUAUGACCCCGUCAUGGAUGUCUGGGCUCGAAAACAAGAUAUGAACACAAAACGUGCCAUCCACACUUUGGCUGUAAUGAAUGAUCGCUUGUAUGCAAUUGGAGGAAAUCAUUUGAAAGGUUUCUCCCACCUUGAUGUAAUGCUCGUGGAAUGCUAUGACCCAAAAGGUGACCAGUGGAAUAUUCUACAGACUCCCAUUUUGGAGGGUCGCAGUGGUCCUGGCUGUGCAGUGCUAGAUGACAGCAUUUACCUUGUGGGAGGCUACAGCUGGAGUAUGGGAGCCUACAAGUCAUCUACAAUAUGCUAUUGUCCAGAAAAAGGCAGCUGGACAGAACUUGAAGGAGACGUAGCAGAACCACUGGCAGGCCCAGCCUGUGCAACAGUUAUCCUGCCUGCCUGUGUACCUUACAACAAAUAA